GACUGAAUAUGUUCUAACUCGCACCGUGUGGGUCGAUUACGUUUUCUGCAGACAAUACAUACAAAGCUGCUUCAGGGUAUUAACACAGAGGCACUCCUUUCACUGUGCAACUACGUAACGACGGAACUGGAAUGCCGAUAGUUAUAGAAUUUCAAUUAGGUACUUACGACGACAGCUUGAGAAGCCACGACAAACUACCUACCCAAUCUACCUUACAAACAAACAUCAUAUCAUACAUCUAACUAGGCAAUAUGUCUUCAACGGCUUCUACACCCUCGUCACAACCCAAGAAGCCCAAGGGCAUCUUAAAGAAACCCACAACCAGCACCACGGCCAGCACGGCCACCACCCCCGUACCUAUCUCCCCCUUCCCCAUCGAAGAGCACAAGCCCGCCACCCCUAAACCCGGCGCGCGAGAAGCAGCGGUCCAGCAAGCGCGCAUAAUCCAGCAGCAGCGGGCGCUCGAAGACGAGAUCCAAGACUGCAUCAUCGAGCUGUCGCGGCUUCCCCUCGCCACCUCUGGCUCUGGCUCUGCCUUUUCUUCGUCCAACCCGUCCCCCGACGACGCCGACGCCUUCCGCCGCCUGGUCCGGCUCUUCCAACCCGGCGACUACGAGGACAUGAUCGAGGAGCGUAACACGCUCGACAAGUGCGGGUACGCACUCUGCCCGCGCCCGCGCGUGCGCCUCGGCCCCGGCGGCGAGUACAAGCUGGUGAACUGGGGGAAGGCCGACUUCGGCAUCGUGCCGCGGAAGGAGCUGGAGCGCUGGUGCUCGCGGGAGUGCGCCCGCCGCGCCAUGUACGUCAAGGUCCAGCUCGGCGAGACCGCCGCCUGGGAGCGCGCCGGCCUCGCCUCCAUCCGCAUCGACUUGUUGGAUGAGCCGAAGCAGGCCAAAGAGGAAGAGGAUGAUCCGGCGAGACGGCUCGAGAGGGAGCUGGAGAACGUGGAAAGGAAAGCUGCUCAGGAUGCUAAGGAUCUGGCGCUGGAACGGGGCGAUUCGGUGGACAAGCCGACUACGAGAAAGAUAAAGCUUACCAUCAGGGAGAAGUCUGUUAAGAUGGCGGCACAAGAGCCCUCGCUAGAUGCGGAUGGCGAAAACCAUUUGGUCCUGGAUGGUUACAAGACGAAAUUCAACCGAGAGGCGGAACAAAAAGGAAAGGAAGACGAAGACGACAAUAUGAAAGAGUAAGAACCCGAACAACAGGCAACUGAAUGAGACGGUAGCAUUUUGAUUUUUACUAGCAUAGUUCUGGCGUUCUGAUCAGGAUCAUUUGAGAUACCCUUGGUAAAAAACUAACGAAGACAACAUUUGUACCUAAUGCCAAAUUGUCCGGCUUACGGGAGUAUGAGGAGUUAAUAAGGACCUAGAAACAGUAAAUCCUAAUCAAGUACGAGUCACGUAAGGGCAAAAAAAGGGGGAAUAAGAAUUGGCCAUCAACCGUCAUCGCCAGCAAAUGCACUGGAGAAUCGGGGACACCUUGUGUGGGAAAAGAUCUCGUCAAUUGCGGAUCUAGAAUGGUACCUACUAUCGACCGCAGUAGUUAGAGACGCCGUAAUACCAUGUUGUUAAGACCGAUGCCAGUUGCCCAAACCAACCAUCAUAACCCUUCCUUCGCUUUUUUCCUUUCACGCGACGAAAACCGUCAAUAGGUAGCUAUUUUUGCACCGUUUAUCGGGGAGCGCGGUCGCCGAAUCUGCGAGGUCGCUCAGCAGUCUGCUGCUGGGUGACGGGGACGACGUUGACGGGGACGUUGUCGAACUAA